CGGGCAAACUGCGGGGGGGACAUUUCUGCACACCUCUUGAGUUUCUUCAAAGAGCUGCAGAGAGACAAGGGGGAGGAGGGAGAUCACAUAGAGGCGGGAGGCAGAGAGGCGAAAUCACCCUCGUCCCUCCUGCUUGUGAGCAAGGCACUGCUGCUUGAAUCCGUUCUCCUCGGCUCUCACAUGUAACAGGAGAAAAUGCUCAAGUUCUUCUCUCCGCGGGAUGACGAGAACGAAAGCCUUCUUGGAGCGAUAACCGAGGAUGAAGGAGACAAUCCAUCUCUCCAGGACACCAAGCAGCACUGGCUGAACCGGCCCUGCCUCCUGGUGCUCAAAGACGGGGAUGUGUCAAAGCCAGGACUGGGCUGUGGACAGAUCAGAGCGGAUUCUCCGGCUAAAGCCGCCUCGGAUGCAACGGCGGUCAGAAGUGUGUUUGGACAAUGUGGGCAGAAAGCGUGUGAGCAUCCUGCCAAAGCGGCUUCACACUCGCACAUGGAGGAAGGCAGCUGCACCGUGACCUCCAUCUCCACAUGGGGGGAGAGGGAGUCCUCCAGCCCCCUGGUGUUGAGCCCUGCAGAGGCAGCGUGGCCAGAUGAGGAGGAAGACACGCAGGACAGCGAGCCCCAGGUACUCCAGUCGAAGGAGGACUCUGUGAUUGAGGAGAAGGAGCUGGAGGAAAGUCCCUGCAGCUUGGAGGCGACCGCUGCACCCUCCUCUCUUUCACACGAGGAGAGGGAGGUCAGGGAGCUCCAGAGCAGGUUUAAGAUGAGCAGAUCUAAUGGAGGAGAUGAGACAGACGCCGACAUGGAUCAGACAGGCAGUGUGGAAGGAGCCAUGGGAGAGUGUGCAGCUAACGCCGUGGAUCCAGAUAAUGAGUCUCAUAUGAGCCCUGUUGGUAUCCUGUCCAAGGAUCGCGUCACUGUUCUUGGGGAAGUAGCGCCAGUGUGGGUCCCUGAUGCUGAAGCUCAGGUCUGCAUGAAGUGUGGGGUCAAGUUUACAUUUACCAAGAGGAGGCACCACUGCCGCGCCUGUGGGAAGGUUUUUUGUGCACUUUGCUCCAGUCUGAAGUUCAGGCUUACACACCUGGAUGGCAAGGAGGGACGUGUUUGUGUUUCCUGUCAUUCAACCCUCAUCAAAACGACGCCUCCGAGGGGAAAGAGGAGGGUGUGGUUUGCUGAUGAGAUCCUCGCCAACAAGCAGUCAGAGUCUGCUCCAACCACACCGGUCAGGGAGCCCACGUUCUCACCGCUGACGAGGCGAGCGCUGGGCGGCCAUGUUAAAAGUCACGGGGGGUCACCGCAGAUCAGGAGGGCCUCAAGGGCACAAGGGGCGACCAAUGGUGGGGGCGGUGGUCCUCACAGCUGGGGCACUACAGCUUUAGUGAGCAGUGCUGCCAACCUCAUUCCUCUGGAUGGCCUACCACCCAUCCUCACCUCCACAGGAGUCAAAGGAGACUACACGGUGGAGGAACAACCCUCUGAGACGCUGCUCAUUCAGGAGUUGGAGAGUGGCAGGGCCAAGCCGCUGGUCUUUGUCCUCAAUGCCAACCUACUCGCCAUGGUCAAGCUGGUCAACUAUGUGAACAGGAGGUGCUGGUGUAUGACAACAAAGGGGAUGCAUGCCGUGGGCCAGGUGGAGGUGGUGGUGCUGCUGCAGUGCCUGCCCGAGGAGAAAAGCUUCCCCAGAGAUAUUUUCAGUCACUUUAUCCAGCUUUUCAGGGACACGGUGACAGGGAAAAUUGUGAAACACCUGUCACUGUCCCGGUUUGGCAGUAGUUUCUUAGGCAGCGAGGAGCAUGCAGGCUUCCUGUACGUCCGCUCCACUCUCCAGUCUCUUCAAGGUCUACCUCUGCCAAACCAGCCCUACCUCUUUGGGCUGCUGGUCCACAGAGCAGAGGUUGCCUGGGCCAAAGCCUUUCCCUUGCGCCUCAUGCUGCGACUCGGGGCCGAGUACAGAUUUUACCCGUGUCCUCUGUACAGUGUGCGCUUUAGGAAGCCAUUGUUUGGGGAAAUAGGUCACACCAUAAUGAGACUGCUAGUGGACUUUAGGAAUUACCGUUACAGCCUGCCAAUGGUGUCAGGGCUCACUGUGGAUCUAGAGGCUCAGAGGACCUGCAUAAAAGUACCAACCACCGGGUAUAAAGAGCUAAUGAAAGCUCUGACCAAGUCCAAUGAGCACGUGCUGGCCAUAGGGGCGUGUUUCAAUGAGACCGCAGACUCCCACCUCAUCUGUGUGCAAGCGGAUGACGGCCAGUACCAGACCCAAGCCAUCAGCAUCCACAAUCAGCCACGCAAAGUUACUGGAUCAUGCUUUUUUAUAUUCAGCAGUGCACUGAAGGCAUCUGCAGGAUAUCUGGCCAAGUCCAGCAUUGUAGAAGAUGGGUUAAUGGUGCAGAUCACCGUGGAAACCAUGGCGGAGCUCCGUCGGUCGCUAAGGGAGAUGAAAGACUACACCGUCACCUGUGGACGCCUCGACCAAUCAGAGAGCCAGGAGCUUGUUUGUGUACAGUGGGUGGAGGAGAAGUGCACUGUGAACAAGGGUGUCAUCAGCCCCAUUGAUGGGAAAUCCAUGGAGUCCAUUAGCAGUACAAAGAUGUUCCAGAAGUCUGAAUAUAAGGAAAACGGGAAGAUCAUUCGCUGGACAGAAGUGUUCUUCCUACAGAGGGGCGAUCAUCCCAAAGAAGGUGCGGCUGACUCUGCUGAACACAACCGGCUGACAGAGCGCAUCGCCAGGGCAUUUUGCUUGGCACUGUGUCCACACCUUAAACUGCUGAAAGAGGACGGGAUGGCCAAACUGGGGCUCCGGGUCACUUUUGAAUCUCAAGAGGUGGGAUUUGUAGCUGGGAGCAACGGUCAGCCCCUCCCUGCUCAGUACCUCAACGCCCUGGAUAGCGUGCUGAUCCCCGUCAUCCACAGCAGGGGGCACAAGAGAGGCGACAAGCCCAUUGUGAUGGAGCUCAUCUUUUACAUCCUGGAGAACAUCACUUAGAAACGCUCGCACACACAAAGACCAUAUUAAUUCAUCUUCUUAACCCUGACCACAGCUCUGUCUCCAGCACUCCUCAUCAGUGCGGCCAUCAGUUUCAGGGGCAAUAAAGGCAAUACCGAGGAUAAACCAGAUCACGUCCGAGGUCUGCGUCCAUCUCAUCCAUCCACGACCAGAGAGCUCUCACCCAGCCGCAGACAAUCUGGCCGCGCAUGAAACCUACGAUGGACCAUCACAUCAGGGUGCACCUCUUGCACUGUAGUAGUAAUGACAUAGCUUGAUUCAUGUCAUUCAUGUCACCAAGUUCAACACAUGCUCCAAUACGGAGAAUACCUUUAAAGUGGGAGCUGGAUUCAGCCCCACGACCUUAAAGCAAAGAGAAAAAGAGAAUGACUUGAAGUACUGUUAUGUAGUAGAUCUGUAGCAGUUUGAUGCACACCAAAUGAAUGCCUGAAGAAUGUUUUCAUACUGGAUUAUUUAAAUGGAUUGCUCAUGAAAUGUAUCGUCAGCCUGGAAUAAAAAUUGCAACAAUGAC